AUGGCGCCGUUGGGGAUUGGGUUGGCAUUCUUUUUAGCUGAGCUGACGGGAAUCCCCUUCACCGGCGGCUCCUUAAACCCCGCCCGCUCUCUCGGCCCAGACGUCAUCAACCGCUCCUUCCCGGGGUACCACUGGAUCUACUGGCUCGGCCCCGCGAUGGGUACGGUGAUAGCUGUUGGGUGGUACUUAUUCCUCCGCGCUUUUCAGUUCCAGACAUGUAACCCCGGUCAGGACGCUGAUCAUGAGGAGGUGGUGGUAAUUCACACAGACAGGGACAUGAUGACGGGGACGGGAGCGGGGACGGGAGCGGGGACGGGAGCGGGCGCGCAGCAUCAAUCAAGGGUUUGA